AUGGGAUCAGCCGCUUCAAUGGGAUCUUUUAUCCUGGUCGGAGGAGAAAUUACCAAACGUCUAGCAUUCCCUCACGCUUGGGUAAUGAUCCAUCAACCUGCUGGUUCUUUUUCUGAAGUAGCAACGGGAGAAUUCAUCCUGGAAGUGGGAGAACUGCUGAAACUACGUGAAACCCUGACAAGGGUUUAUGUACAAAGAACGGGCAAACCCCUGUGGGUUGUCUCCGAAGACAUGGAAAGAGAUGUUUUUAUGUCAGCAACAGAGGCCCAAGCUUAUGGAAUUGUUGAUCUUGUAGCGGUUGAAUGA